AUGUCCUCCUGGGCAGCGCGGAACCCAACACGAGCAAUUAUCCGCCCUCGGACGCCACCACCUCGACUAACAGAUGCACAAAAGGCAUCUCGAAAGAUUAAGAGGGAUCAGAAGAUUGAGAGAACGAAACGCUUACAUGAUGCAGUUGCUGGAUAUCUGGACGCACAGAAGACACAGAUUGAAGCACUCGCACUCGCUCAUCACAUUACUCCGAAGCAAAUCAAUGACAUCAUCAGCAAUCACACGCAUUAUCGCACCUCACGCAAGAGUCAAUUGAUCCACGCACUUAUUCAUGCCAAGGCAAAAGAGAUGAAUGCGGGCUCUCGAUACUCAAUGGCCGAACUCCGCGAGAUGGUCAUCACUGACCCCGAAACAAAAGACCUGACGAGGGAACAGAAGGAAGCUUACAUUGCAGCGCUUGAGGAGCAUCGUGAAAGAAAAGGUGUCAGUGUUCGGGCAAACAAUCAGGCAGCUGCGCGAGAUGUUGUAGCCACGACGGAUAGGAUCGUCAAAGAGCUAGAUGAUCUGCGAGUUCGGACCGGAGUCUAUGGAACGCUAUUUGUCGUCCGCGGUCACAUCAACGACACCAUUCAAAGCACGAUGCACGGCACGGAUAAUUCUGAAGAUUUUUGGGAGGAUGUGUAUGAGCACCCCAUGGCUGACUUUCUCAGGCAAUACGAACAAUGGGCAUGCACGCAGGAUCAAAGUAAUAAUGACAUUGCUUGCACUCGCUGUUUCAAUCUAACAUCAUUUACAGUCUCAGUAACCGGCAAAAAAGAUAUCAUGAUGAACUACAGCAACUACGAAACAGCCAUCGUCGAAACCUAUGGGGUACGCCUUGUAGGAUGGCCCCAGGGUGUUAACUUCACCAGCCCUUCAAAUAUCGGCACCGUGGGUGACAUUCGUAGACUUCGGGACGCACUCAAGGCUCGAAUGUGCUACUGGACCACUCUAUCGCCUGCGGAAGUCAAGGCUCACACAGCUGAACUUGAUGCGCGCCGGUCAGCUGGGGAGGUGGUUCGCAAGCUGCGAAAGAAGCGUUCGGAUGCUGGAGUAGCUCGGAAGCGCAAGGUUCCGCCCACAACAAACAAGGAGAAUGCAAGGUCAUCGAAGAGAACAAAGGUGACCUCCGCUCAGCUUCGGGACGCCCCCAAAAGUGCUGAAUUCGUAGAGUCGUCUAACGAGGAUGAAUAG